AUGACAUUCAAGGCUCUUGACAUUGCCCAACGUACAGAACAUCUGCAGAGAGAUAUUAGCAGUUUGAAAGCAUGGUCCAGCACUAUUUCAGAGAAGAGGGAACAGCUUGAAGGAAACCUGACCACAUUACAAACAGCUAUUACCAAAAUCGAGACUAGCACUGUAGCCAUCACUAAAGACGUAUCUAUGAAGAUUAACGCCGUAAAGACAGAUGUUAGACGAAUAUCCGGUUUCGAGAGUGAUAUUAAUUCACUGAUGGAAUCAGUUGACCAAUUAGAAACAAAACUGGACAAAGUAGAAAAGACCACAGUACAGAGCAUCGGUGAUUCACUCGCAGCUAGCAUUGACCGCUUUAAUGAAUUAAAGGAUGAAAUAUCUAGAAAUUCUGAGAGAGUAGAUCUGAUGAAAAAGAGGUUAGGAGAACUUAGAAGUAAUUUUAGUAACAAUUCAGAAAAACUACAAGAUUUAGAAAGCGAUAGGAUCAAAGUUAUACAGGCUGUACAUUUCGCUAAUGAUUUAAAGCCCAAGGUAUUUACAAUAAGAAAAGACAUGAGUCAAGUUGAAAACACUCUGAAUGACCUGUCAUUAAGAAUAGGCCGACUAGCACAUGAUCUAUUGGGCAGAGAGAAGGAAAUUGUUCUGAUAAAUGACAAACUGUACAACUUAACAGUGAUGAAGUCAGAAAUUCUAGACUUAAGCCAUGAAAUAGGGAGUGACCUAGAAACCAGUUAA